AUGGCGGUGCUGGGGGCGCCGCGGGGCCUGGUGGCCGCCGCCUCCCGCAAGCGGCGGCUGCUGCUCGCCCUGGCCCUGCUGCGGCCGCCGCCCGCCGCCGCCUGCGCCGCCGGGGCGAUAGCGGGGACCGGGCGGCGGGCCCGCGCCGCCCCGGCGGGCGGACAGAUUCCACCCAUUUGCAGGCAAAGAUCAUGGCACAGCCUGGCAGGGGAUUACUCAAGGCCAUUACUAGAGCCUUCAGAGAUCCUGCCGAGGUGGCGACUGAUAGAGAAGAGGAUGUGUUGGCAUGGCCAUGCAGGUGGAGGGCUUCACACAGAUCCAAAGGAAGGGCUGAGGGAGAUCGAUGCCAAGAAGAUCAUCAGGGCGAUGCUGUCGUACGUGUGGCCCCAGGACCGGCCGGACCUGCGCGCCAGGGUCGCGCUGUCGCUGGGCUUCCUGGCCAGCGCCAAGGCCAUGAAUAUAUUGGUUCCCUUCAUGUUUAAAUAUGCAGUGGACAACCUGAACCAGGUAUCUGGGGACGUGCUGAACCUCGGCGAUGCACCGAGCACUGUGGCAACCCUGGCAACUGCUGUUCUCGUGGGCUAUGGUAUCUCAAGAGCGGGGGCAGCGUUGUUCAAUGAAGCAAGAAAUGCAGUAUUUGGGAAAGUAGCUCAAAAUUCCAUUCGGAGGAUCGCUAAGAAUGUUUUCCUGCAUCUUCACAACCUGGACUUGGCCUUCCAUCUGAGCAGGCAGACAGGAGCUCUGUCAAAAACCAUUGACAGAGGCACCAGGGGCAUCAGUUUUGUCCUCAGUGCUUUAGUGUUUAAUCUGGGACCUACAAUGUUUGAAGUGGCUCUGGUCAGUGGAAUUCUGUAUUACAAAUGCGGUGCCGAGUUUGCUUUAGUCACCCUGGGGACUCUGGGAGCCUACGCAGCGUUCACCAUCGGGAUCACCCAGUGGAGGACCAAGUUCCGCAUCGAGAUGAACAAGGCCGACAACGACGCCGGCAACGCUGCCAUCGACUCACUGCUCAACUAUGAGACUGUGAAGUAUUUCAAUAAUGAAAAAUACGAAGCCCAGCGGUAUGAUGAGUUCCUGAAGAUCUAUGAAAAUGCCUCUCUGAAGACUACCUCUACUUUAGCUCUCCUCAACUUCGGACAGAGCGCUAUAUUUAGUGUUGGCUUAACAGCCAUCAUGGUGCUUGCCAGCCAGGGCAUUCUUGCAGGCAGCCUUUCUGUUGGAGAUCUAGUAAUGGUGAAUGGAUUGCUGUUCCAGCUUUCUCUUCCCCUAAACUUCCUGGGAACAGUAUACAGAGAGACAAGACAAGCACUUAUAGAUAUGAAUACCUUGUUUACACUUCUCAGUGUAGAUACCAAAAUUAAAGACAAAGAGCUGGCUCCCCCCCUGCAGAUCACCCCCCAGACUGCUGCCAUCGCCUUUGAUAAUGUGCAUUUCGAGUACCUUGAGGGGCAGAAAGUCCUUUCUGGAGUGUCCUUUGAAGUCCCUGCAGGAAAGAAAGUGGCCAUUGUAGGAGGUAGUGGGUCAGGGAAAAGCACAAUUGUGAGAUUAUUAUUUCGUUUCUAUGAACCUCAGAAAGGAAAUAUUUAUGUUGCUGGACAGAACAUCCAAGAUGUCAGUUUGGAAAGUCUGAGAAAGGCAAUAGGAGUUGUACCUCAGGAUGCUGUUCUCUUCCAUAACACCAUCUACUACAACCUGCUGUAUGGCAACACAGGGGCCAGCCCCGAGGAGGUGUACGGGGUGGCCAGGCUGGCAGGGAUCCACGAUGCCAUCCUCAGGAUGCCCAAUGGCUACAACACCCAGGUCGGGGAGCGAGGCCUCAAACUCUCAGGUGGAGAAAAGCAAAGAGUUGCAAUUGCUAGAGCAAUGUUAAAGGACCCACAUAUUUUUCUCUAUGAUGAAGCCACAUCAUCUUUAGAUUCAAUUACAGAAGAGAACAUUCUCAAAGCCAUGAGGGCCAUGGUGAAGCACCGCACGUCGAUUUUCAUUGCUCACAGGUUGUCCACGGUGGUGGAUGCAGACGAGAUCAUCGUGCUGGAUCAGGGUAAGGUGGUGGAACGUGGCACACACACAGAGCUCCUCGCGAGUCCCAGCAACCUCUACUCUGAAAUGUGGCACACACAGAGCAGCAAAGUGCUCCACAGUCACAGCAAUCCCACCUGGGAGGAGAGGAAUAACCGGACAUCCAAGGAGGAGGAGAGGAAGAAGCUAGAAGAAGAAAUUAUGAAUAGUGUGAAAGGCUGUGGGAACUGUUCAUGCUGAGAACGACCCUGGAUCAGUCUUGUAUAGCAGGUUAAAACUGCCCAAGAAUACAGUGAAAUGCAGCUCUUGUUUUUAAGUCAGCAUUCAAAAACUUCUGGGGUUUGCAGUUUUGGGGUUUUACAGUUUCACAGAGGGACAUAAUUUCAACCAAAGGAGUUCUAUUUUUGCAUCUUUAGAAAUCUGUAAUAUUCAGUGGCAUCUGCAAGAGCUGGGCUUUUCAAAAACUUUAAACUUCCCAACUAAGAGUGUAAUUUAUGGCAAUUUUUAGGUAUUGGUAAAUUCUCCUGGUAGUCGCUUGACAUGGAUUAUUAAAUUGUAAACAGAUUUGUCCUAGAUUUACAUUAUUUCUCAUCAUUAAUGGUUGAUAAAUAUGUCAUGUUUUAAUUGUAAUUGGGCUAAUUUGAACUCAUUUGCUAGUGAGGAAGAUGCCAUUUAAAUUCUUCAGUGGUGUUCUGGUUUAAAAUGUUCUUCCUCGUAAAGAAUAAGAAAAGCCUCAACAAAAUAUUAGAGGCUUCUAGUAGCAAACUAAAUAUUGGACUUAUCCAUCUCGCCCUUCAGGAGCACCUUUUGUAUGGCACUAUCAGGAAAUUAAUUGGUAUCAUUCUAAAGGAAAACUAAUAGUAUUUUUAAGUGAAAAAUGAAAAAAUCUGAGUUUAGGAUUCUGUAUCCUCAGCAUCUGCUGUAGCAGUUGAGGCAGAAGGCAGUUGCUCUUUCUAAUUCAGUCACGGUCUUAAGGAGCAAUUAAGAUUCAAUAAAGACUUCCAUAAAUUUCUAUUAUCUCAUUAAUAUAUGAGAAAAUGACCUGGAUAAUGCUGAAAGCAUUGCUAUAAUAAUCUCCUCAAACUUCUCCAGUGGCAGGAAACCUCAGUGUCUGGGAUCUGCAGGACACUGUGGGUGUAUUGGGUUGGGGGGGGGGGCUGCAGUGGGGGCCUCUGUGAGAAGGUACCAGAAGCUUCCCCUGUGUCUGGCAGAGCCAAUCCCAGACGGCUCCAUGAUGGACCUGCUGCUGGCCAAGGCUGAGCCCACCAGCGAUGGGAUAAUCCACUGCUGGGAUAAUGUAUUUGGGAAGGGAGGGAAAAGCUUGGAAGUGUAAGUGCAACUGCAGCUGGAGAGAAGAGUGGGAAUACGUGAGAGCAACAGCCCUGCAGACACCAGGCUCAGGGAGGAAGGAGGGGAGGAGGAGCUCCAGGCAGUGGAGCAGAGAUCCACCUGCAGCCCAUGGAGGACCCCACACUGGAGCAGGAGGAUUUGCCCAGAGGAGGCUGGGACCUCUUUGGAAGCCCAUGCUGGAGCAGGGCCCUGGCAGGACAUGUGAUCCUAUGGAAGACACACACUGGAGCAGCCUGUGCCUGAAGGACUGACCCCGUGGCAAGCAGACACGUGGGAAGGACACACUGGAGCAGGGGAGGAGAGUGAGGAGGAAGGAGCAGCAGAGCCAACGUGAUGAACUGACCACAGCCUCCAUUCCCUGUCCCCCUGCGCCACCUGCAAGGAGGUGGAGAAUGUGGGAGUGAAGUUGAGCCCAGGAAGAAGGGAGGGGUGGGAGGAACGUAUUUUAAGAUUUGGUUUCUUUUUCUCAUUACCCUACUCAGACUUCUAAUUGGCAGUAAAUUCAAUGAGUUUCCCUGAGUUGAGUGUUUUGCCCAUGACAGUAAUUGCUGGGUGAUCUCUCCCUGUCCUUAACUCAGGAGCCUUUCCCUGCCCAGCUGAGGAGGGCAGGGAUGGAUUGGGUUUGGUGGGCACCCAGUGUGCAGCCAGGGCCAGCCCACCACAACAGCACUGUAUUUUUAGGCCAUGUCUCUUCGGGGAAAUUCACCAUCUCUAUUUAGCACAAGCUAUUCUGGUGUAAUUCUUCAUGUUGAAUUCAAGAAUUAAAAUCUUUCUCUUGGAUGUUGAAAAAUAACUGUUAUUUCUGGGGAAUUACACCAGUAUAAUUACACUGAUGUAAUUACGUUUGUAAAUCAGAUGCAAGGUUUCUCAGUGUGGGCACUAGGGAAGGGCUGAAUUUGGUGCUUCUGGAAAUUUAAUUGCAAAUAGCAUUUAUUUUUUUGUGUUAUACCCUCCCCUGCAACUAAAUAUAGGAACGGUAACUUAAAAGGAGCGAAACCUUUGCUAGUUAUUAAUUUUCUCUCUUUUAAAAUGAUGGGUGAAAAAACCCAACCUGGCAUCAGUCUGCAGUUAAAAAUUAUUUUAAAAGUGUACUUUAAUUUCCAACCUUGGAGUGCAGAAGCAAAGUGAAGUCCUGUUAAUGUAGCGGCAUUGCAGAAUUACAGCUUACAGCCUUCCCUUUAUUUUCCCUAAUGGUCUCCUGGUUUAGCUGACAGCAGUGAGUGGACUGUAAAGGUGCAGUUAUGUUCCAGCUGCCAGAAACAGCAAAAGUUUAUUGAAACUACCCUGCAAGAGCUCAUUUUUGAAAUUAACUAAUCUGUCUGCUGUUCAUGCAGCAGGGAACAGGCAAAGGCUGUAAAUAGGAAUAUUUCAAUCCUAAGAUCUUUUUCUUCUGACACAAGGACUGAAAAUAUCUCUGGUCUGAAAGAUGGAGGGAAAGGGUUUUUCUCAAUGAAGAGUUUUCCCUAUUGCAGGGCCUGGACAUCCCAGCAGAUCCCUGAGGAUCAGGAAUCAUCUGUGAGAUGUCUGGAGCCAAAAGCUGUUUGAAUGCGAAGUUUGAUUGUGUUUGUGAAGGGCCAAUUUCAGAUGAAAGCUGAUGGAUUUUAUCACUGGGAAUGGGCUUUGCAAGGACUCUGAGUCUUGGGCAGUACAGGUGUGGAAUGAGGACUGUUUUCAGUUGGUAAGUGCCAGGAAUGCUCAGUAUUUGUUUAAAUCUGUACGGGUUUGCUGGAGCUCCGAGGCCAUUGCCUGUCUCUGCCACCCUUCGCGUGCCAGUGGAUGUGCUGCAGCUCUGUGCAGCUUUAAGCAAGUGGAAUGACAGGAGGGAACUCUGAACAAAGGCAUUUCCUAAAGCAAGAGGCUGCUCAUACGGUAGAACACGUUUCUUAAAGAACUGCAGCGAGUUUCCGGAGAUGACUGAAAACUUCCCGUGUCGUGGAGUUGCUGGAUGAGCAUUCCUGGCUUGGUGGUGGCUAUAUUGGAGUGAAUUGCUGUGGAGAAGCAGAAACAACACUUGGUGAGUUUCCUGUCUGCUACGAAGUCAAACUUCUGCUUUCUUUUUUUUUUAAAUUUUAUUUUUAUUUUGAAUUUUUAUUCCUGCACUAUGACUCCAAAGUGUCACCAUUGAAGCAGGUGUUUGAAACACUGAAUGGGAGAGCCAUGGCUUUGGAGAAACUCACUGUGGCACACUGACCCUUGGGACAGUCUAUGUGGCAUCUCUUGGAAAAGCCUUACAGUUCUCAGAGAAAACAGAUUGAUUUUGGAGCUCUCUCGCAGCCUCUGUGGAUCUUGGUAAUUCUGCUCCACUGUAAACUGGGACAUCAUUUUCUAAACAGCAGCUUUUCAUAUUCUGGACGUGUAGUUGGUUGUUUUUCAAAAUUCAAGUAAUCUACUCCCAUUAUAAAAUCUUUGUCUGCAGUUUUAGUGUGGAAAAGCCAUAUAAUUUUUUUCCCUUCAUUUUCUGUUUUUAAAGGAAAUGUGUUUGUGGAAAAUGGACAUUAAAAAGGGGCUGCUUCUUGCAGUGUGUAGUGAUCUGUUUACUUACAGAAUUCAAUUCUAAUUUCCAUGUAAGAACUUACUAGGCACAGGAUAUGAAGUCACAACAAACAACAUUUUGGCUAUUUUAACCUCCAAGUUAGAAAACUUAAUGAGUGAUUUGUGGGGAGGUUGUUGUGCUUUUUCCAAAUGGAUGUUCCCAAUUUGCUCCUUGCAGAUGAUCCCUCAGGUUAUCUCAGCUGUUCUGUUCCAUGGAGUAUUAGUUACCUAUAUCUCAACACUGAGAUUUUAAAUGGUGUUCAAGUUUCUUUUCAGAAUGGAAGUGUAUAAUUUACAUUGUACAGGAAGAUGACAGAACAACACAGAAAGCUCAGGUGAGAUCAGACUGUGUAACCCUUCUGCUGGAACACUCCUUACUCUGACUCCUGUCCUUCAUGUAUGUAUAGAUAAUUCUUAGUAAAUAAAGGAUUUAUCUUUGUGAAUAGAAA